AUGGCCAAUUCUCGCUUCGAGUACGUCAAGACCUUUGAGCGCAACGACGCACUGCUUCCCAAUACCUAUAUCAUCGUUCGCAUCGACGGCCAUGCUUUCCAUAAAUUUUCAGCUGCUCAUGGAUUCACAAAGCCAAAUGAUCUUGGUGCUCUAGCACUCAUGAACAAAGCUGCUGCUGCAGUCUUUGAUGCAUUCCCAGAGAUUCAACUUGCGUAUGGUGAUUCAGACGAGUACUCAUUUCUGUUUCCACGGUCCUUCAAUCGUUAUGAACGACGCGAGUCGAAGCUCAUCUCGACGUGUGCAUCCGUCUUCACAGCUGCUUACAUCUUUCGAUGGAGUCAACACUUCCCAGAUACAGCAAUGAAGUACCCACCCUCGUUUGAUGCGCGUGCCGUCUUGUAUCCAACGGGGCAAAAUGUCAGGGACUACUUUAGUUGGCGACAAGCAGAUUGCCACAUCAAUAACCUCUACAAUACGACCUUCUGGGCGCUCAUCCAGAAUGAGUCAAAGGAAAACAAGCCAAAGCUGACAAACACUGAGGCACAAGCACGACUCAUGCAUACCUUUGCCAAGGACAAGAAUGAGAUUCUCUUUAAAGAGUAUGGCAUCAACUACAAUAACGAGGAUGCAAUCUGCAGAAAGGGCACAGUCUUGUUCUCUGAUUCAAAUACCCACGCCAUGUCCAACAAAGCUCUCGACAAGCGGCGGAAAGCAGGCUUGAGCGAAUGUCACGUAGACAUCAUUCAAGACGACUUUUGGCUCGCUCAUCCAGACAUCCUU